UUAUUAGCCACGCCCUUGGGUUGAUUGUAAUUUUAAAAUGCAGGGGAGGAGAUAAACAGAAAACAAGAGCAGAUUAAUGAUGACUAGUUUCUUACCAGUGGAAGAGGAGCCAGCUGUCAGAGGUACUUUUACCUUUAGAAGAAGAUGGGCCAACGUAGAUUGGCGUGCUUUGUCUGGUGUUGACGUGGAUAAAAUUGCACAAACUGUUGAUGUCCAAACUUUGCAGAAUAAUAUACUGCACGUCACAUUCUGCAAUGUUGAAAAUGAGGAGUUUCGUAAUGUUGAUAUCAAUUUUAUCAAGCUAUUUCGUCUUGCUCAGUUGAUAAUUGAAUAUCUCUUGCACACUCAGCAGUAUUUAACUGAUCAGUUACAAGUAUUACAAGAACAGCUUCACAUUACAGGACAAGAAUUACAAUCAACACGCAUCGAAGUCACAACGCAAUCAAAAAAUUUAAAGACCGUAAAGAGAGAAAAUCGCAAGAGACGUAAAAUGAUAGAGUCUUACCAGCAAAUGAUGAACGCUGGGGCUAGCGGCCUUUACCCGUGUCACGUCUGUCGCCGUGAGUUUAUCAGUGCUGAGUUUUUGAAGGGACAUAUUGAGAGGAGACAUACUGCAAAACCAAAAGAUGAUGCGGAGGUCCUGAAAGAGAUGGAGAAAGAGCUGGAGACUAAAGUAUUCGAGAAAGUCCAGCAGCAGCUACUUCAGUCGCAGAAUGAAAUGAAGCAAGAAAUGCUAUUGAAAGAGAGCAAGCUUCACGAAGAGAAAGUAAAGGAAUUUGAGAUGUGGAAGACCCAAGAGCAGCAAAGACUGAAAGAGGAGCUUGCGGUGCACAAGGCCACUCUAACUACACAGUUGCAGCAGCAGAAUCAACACACAACCGAGCUAUUACAGAAGACUUUAGAGCAGGCACAAGAAGAAUUAAAGGCAUUGAGAACAAGCAGAGAUCAAUCAAUGGAGAUGAUACCUCAAGCUACGUGUAAUAAUGAUAGUACUCAAUUGGUUGAUCUACAGGACAAAUUCCAUACACAAUUGCAGCAAUCGGUUAAAGAUGAGAGAAAGAUUUGGAAAAAAAAGUUGAAAGAGACAGCAAAGAAAUAUGAAGACGAUCUCAUGGAGAGAACCAGAAAAUACGAAGAAGAAUUGAGAGAAUCUCAAGGCCGUAUAGCAGUAUUAGAACAGAGCCUAGCAGCAAUACCUAAAGAUACCAGCACUGUCAAACAUCUGGCGCAGCAAGUUGAUCAGAUAAGUACUCACUUGACUGAAAUGAAAGAGGCCCAGCCUACAUGUACUACACAACAUCAUAUCAUUGUUUCAUCCAAGCCUUCCUCUCUCGCCUCCUCUGAUGAUGAUGAGGAGGAGGAGGAAGAUGGUGUAGAACACAUUAGAGAGAAGAAGCAAGAAGAUUUGCUGAAGCUCAAAACAGCAUUGAAUAGUAUUGUUAAUGAAGCAAUGACUAAGAGAGGAGUUGAACCAUCUGCAGGUGGUUUAUCGACACAAAAACUAACCGAUAAGCUAAAAUUACUAAAACAGGAACAGCAAUCCAAGGCACAGACCCACCCUUUAUUUGCACAGCAGAGAUCAGAGUUAGAGAAACAGGUUGAGGAACAAGUCAAGUUACAUUACAAGCCAACGGUACUUGUUUCACCAAAGAAACCUCCUGUCUCUAAACUAGUCAUAACUCCACCUAUCGUAACUCCAACUAAAUCUCCUCAAUCUCCAGCUAAAUCUCCUCGAUCUCCAACUAAAUCUUCUCGAUCUCCAACUGAACUGAUCCUUGAAUCCAGCAGUGAUGAAGAAUCAAGCGAUGAGGAUGAAGAGGAAACUCCAGUAGUAUCUAUAGCUCCUAAAAGAACAGGAGCCAGUGGAUUACCUACUGGAGCUACCACUAAUGUCCAAACUACUCCAGUCAUCACUUCCAUUCUACCGUUAAGCAUACCAACUGUUUCCAGUGCACCUUUCACUCCGACCAAUAUACCAUCCGCUCCGACCAGUGCUCCAUUUACCAUUACCAGUGCACCAUUCACUUCAACCAAUACUCAUCUACCAGUGACCAGCGUCCGUUUGCCUCCUAAUGCAAUACCCGUUUUACCAGUAGCCACUAGUGUACCAAUGACCGUAGCUUCGACCAGUGUACAACCGAUACCAACCUUACCUACAGUAGCUGAUAGUCCUACUGCUCCUAAUCCUAUUUUUGAUAGUGAAAGUGAUGAGGACGAUGAUAGCAUUGAGAAGUUGAUUGCUGGUACUGACGUACUUGCAAAGGCAUCUUCAACGCCAAUUAAAUCUGUUACUGUUGUCGAGAGAAUCAAUCGAAACAAGCCUCGUGAUGGUGUAGUCCCAAUGAGUGGAGCACCAGUAAUGAUGAUACCACAACCACUCUUAGAUCCAUUGGAAAGUGAUGAUGAUAGUGAUACUUUCACUAUCUCUGAGCUUAGUGCUGCACCUCCUAUUGCUCCUCCAGUCUCAGCAUCUAAACCAAUCUCGGCUCAGUCUGUUCCACUUAUGAGCAGUAAACACGACUACCAUACAGCUGCUGUAGCUUCAUCGCAUUCAGCUCUUACUACAGUAACUGCUGAUGAUUUUGAUUCCGAUAUAUCAGAUAUAACUGAACUAAAAUAAAGAGACAUUCACACACUUAUAUCAAUUAUGAUUUUAAAAAUUAUUUUACAAAAAGGAAAUGUGAUGUCACGUCCUGUUUAAUUGA